CAAACGUCAAUUUUGACAUAUUUACUACCAACAUUACGAACAACUCUUUUCGAGAUACACUGGCUGACACGCAAGAGCGUUCGCCUUUCUAUCCCAAUUUCGCAUCGAUAAUCGAGCAACAUGUCUCGAAAUAAAUCGCAAGAUGAAACGGACAAGCAAACUCGUAUUGCUAUUGUCAGCGAAGACAAAUGUAAACCGAAACGUUGCCGUCAGGAAUGUAAAAAAUCAUGUCCGGUGGUACGUAUGGGCAAGCUGUGCAUCGAAGUCAGUCCCAAUUCCAAAAUAGCAUCUCUGUCGGAGGAACUGUGCAUCGGUUGUGGUAUUUGUGUCAAGAAAUGUCCAUUCGAUGCCAUUAUGAUCAUCAACGUUCCCAGCAAUUUGGAGAAGCACACGACACAUCGGUACUCGAAAAAUUCGUUCAAGCUUCACCGACUGCCCAUACCACGACCGGGCGAAGUGUUGGGUUUGGUCGGUCAAAACGGUAUUGGCAAGUCGACGGCGCUGAAAAUCCUGGCCGGAAAACAGAAACCAAAUUUGGGUCGCUAUUCGGAUCCGCCAGAUUGGACGGAAAUUCUCACCUACUUCCGUGGAUCGGAGCUGCAGAAUUAUUUCACCAAAAUUCUGGAGGAUGACUUGCGAGCCUUGAUCAAACCUCAGUACGUUGAUCAGAUUCCGCGGGCAGUGAAGGGAACGGUAAGAGCACUGUUGGACAAGAGAGACGACCGCAACAAUCAAGACGAAAUCUGUACGAUGCUCGACUUGAUGCACAUACGGGAUCGUGAAAUUCAGGCAUUGUCCGGUGGAGAGCUGCAACGAUUUGCCAUAUCGAUGGUGUGCAUCCAGAAUGGUGAUAUUUUCAUGUUCGAUGAACCGUCAUCGUAUUUGGAUGUUCGGCAGAGAUUGAAUGCUGCGUUGACCAUUCGUCAUUUGAUUCAUCCGACUAAAUUUAUUAUCGUCGUUGAACACGAUCUGUCUGUACUGGACUAUCUAUCAGAUUUUAUUUGCUGCCUGUAUGGUGUCCCCGGCUGUUAUGGUGUCGUUACUAUGCCUUUCUCUGUUCGUGAAGGUAUCAACAUUUUCCUCGACGGAUUCGUUCCCACAGAGAACAUGCGCUUCCGAACUGAAUCGCUAACGUUCAAAGUGUCCGAAUCGGCAACCGAGGAGGAAGUGAAACGCAUGAAUCAUUACAUUUACCCGGACAUGAUGAAGCAAUUGGGCAAUUUCAAGCUGACCGUGAGCAAAGGUCAAUUCAGCGAUUCUGAAAUUCUGGUUUUGCUGGGUGAAAACGGUACCGGUAAAACGACGUUCAUUCGAAUGCUGGCUGGAAAUCUGUCUCCGGACCAGGGGUCGGAAGAUUUGCCGGUAUUGAACAUUUCCUACAAACCGCAGAAAAUUUCGCCGAAGCAUCAAGGUAUCGUGCGACAGUUGCUGCACGAAAAGAUUCGCGAUGCAUACGUGCAUCCACAGUUCAUUGCUGAUGUUAUGAAACCGAUGAAAAUUGAUGAAAUUAUGGAUCAAGAAGUGCAAAAUUUGUCUGGUGGAGAAUUGCAGCGUGUUGCUAUGGUUCUGUGCCUUGGCAAACCGGCCGAUGUCUAUUUGAUCGACGAACCGUCUGCGUAUUUAGAUUCUGAACAACGUUUGAUUGCUGCUAAAGUCAUUAAGAGAUACAUUCUUCACGCCAAAAAGACUGGUUUCGUCGUGGAGCACGAUUUUAUAAUGGCCACCUAUCUGGCCGAUCGAGUUAUUGUCUUUGAGGGAACCCCAUCAAUGGACACGGUUGCCAAUUCACCGCAGUCGUUGCUGAACGGAAUGAAUAGAUUCUUAGAACUGUUAGGUAUAACAUUUAGGCGCGAUCCAAACAAUUUCCGGCCGCGCAUCAACAAAAAUAGUUCGGUGAAAGAUGUGGAACAGAAACGAGCCGGACAGUACUUCUUCCUGGAGGACAACAACUAGGCCGUUCAUUGUGGAGCGGCACAUUCUGCAUCGCAUAGUGAACAUAAGAUAUCCAAGCGCUAUCAGUACGAAUGUGCCGAUUGUGUAUGUGGGGUGAAGGACUAUCCAAAUUAUCGGUUAGCUAAGGAAAUUUUCUUUUGUUAACAAUAAAAGUUGAUCAGAAAACCAUCUGGAAACUGAUUGGAAACAAA